AAGAGCGUAUAGUUAAUAAGUACACACAGCAUACUGAUUACUUGAUUUUCUUGAAAAUUAUAAAUUAAAGCGUGAACAUAUUUCUUGGUCUGUCAAGUGUCAAAUUCUUUUCGCAAAUAGAAGCAGCCGCGUGCAUUUACGUAAAACAAUCCGGAUUUUAGUGACCGUUCCCGCAAUGGAGCUUGUCACCAAGACUCAACCCGGUCUUGUCGAAACCAUCGUAGACCCCGCGGUAACGGUUCUACAAUUUCUCUUCAAAGUAAACCAGAGCCUGGUCAACUUGGGCGCGGAGGCAGCUGUUGCAGUUGCGAAAAGUUUGCAGGCUGGAGCCAUUCAAUCUGUUGAAGCCAUUGGCUCCUCUGGAGCUGCUGCUGCCUCUGGGGUUACUGGCACAGGAUCCGCUUUAUCCUGCGGUGCCGUUGGUACGGGUGCCGCUAUAGCUGCUGAAGCUACAGUAUCUACUGGAUUUACAGGAGCCACUCUAACCGCAAUAGCUACCGAGAGUGGUUUAGCCGCUGCAGCCGCCGGUGUAGCCGCUGGGGCCGCUGUUGGAACCGCGAUUGGAACUGCGAUUUCUCCCUCUGCUGCUCCCGAGGAAGUUUUACAUGAUGUGGGCGAUGGAACUGUUUUAGUUCAACUGAAACCACAUCGUAGUCCAAUCUCUGCAUUUAUCGAGUUCUGUAAAAAGGGUACAGAACAUUUUAUUGAUUUUUUUUCUUCUGAAUCGUCGGAAAUAGUAGUCUUUGAAGGUAACAAAGGUGCUGCUGAUGCAGCCACUAGUGCAGCUUACCUUAGAAGAAAAUACAUCAAAACAGCUGAAGCAAAUCUAGACGAUCAUGAUGAGGAAGAAGAAGAAGAGGAGGAAGAAAGUGAAUGUGUUAUGAAGGAAAAUGGAUUUGAAACUGAUGACGAGGAAUGCUUCCCCAAUGUCAAACCUGCACAAAGACGCAUAAUAGUGUUGAAACGAGAAUCCCCAAAUAACGAUGGUACGCUAACCGGAAGUUAUCACCUGGUUCGUCGGCUUACGCGGUUUCUCCGCGUUGCUGGGGUUGUACGUUUUGUGCGGUAUGCUUGUAACGAUCAAACAUUGAAAGUUUUCCAAACAGGUGCCUCCAAAUCUAGGGACCAGGUGUGCCACAUAAAAAAUCAUCACGCUUCUCAUGUCGUUAAAUUGCAAGUCAAACCUGGUACUGGAGUAUUUAUCGAAGCAAUUUUGCUCAAAUUUUUGGGCCAUACUCACUGCUGCCAUAAACACUUUAACAUAUGGAUUGGCAGAGGCAUUGACACACUUCAGGAAAAAUUGCUUCCAGUUCUAUUGUCCGUGAGAUGGGAAUGUGAGACCGCUGAAAAUCUAUCCGAGAGGGCAGUUAAUGUCCUCACAACCAUCAGAAGUAAAUGGCUAGCGUUGAUUCAAGCAGAACUUACCGCCCGUAAUUAUUCGAUGGAACAACGAGAAGAGUUAGUUAUAGCCUUUGACUUUAUAGAAGCUGUAAGCGUAGAAUAUCUUUUUUCUAAAAUUGAAGUAGGUCACAUCUAUAUGCUUAAAGAGAUUAAACCCCGCUAAAAACUGUUAAUUACCCGUAAAAUCGGUGCUUUUAGGAGUUUGCAAAUUUCAAAUAUAUCAACAACGUUUAGAUUUGCCGGAGAGUGCGAAGAGAUUUGUCCACUCUGAAAAUGAUACAGAAUUUAUAAUCGCAAAAAAUACAGAACAAAUCGAGUUCUGCAAAAUUCUAGAAUUAUCUAGACAUUCUUACAAAAGGGUUUUAAAGCCCUAUGUAAAUUUUUAUGUAUCACAACGGAAUUAGCUGUCAAAUAGAACCUUUUCUGUCAAGAAGGGCCGCGAAGUCAAUUUUGUGAAAAUUCGCAAUUCGCAAUUUUCAGUGUAAGAACGGGCCUUGACCGAUCUUAUGCACCAGGUUCCCGACGAACACGCACUGCCCUUACACCUACAUCUCACCCUUGCUCUGAGUCAGUACGAGCAACACGCUAGAACACGCUUUGAGUGUUCGUGCCAGGCAUGCACACCUUCUUUUCCGGUUACGCAUUUUAACUCGGCCGGGGGUGGUACAUUACGUAGGGUUUGAUGUAAGUAUAAGCGCCUAACCAUUUAUAGUGUGCCUAUCAAUUUUCAGUAAAGCAAAAAACUGUUUAAUUUUUAGUUUGAAUUCAAAAACUAAUUGUUAUUUACUGUGUACUGUUUUCUCCUGAAAUCUUUCCUAGUGUUGAGUCGUGUUUAUCUGUUGCUAUUUCUUCUGUCGCGGUGUUUUGUUACAAUGUUUUGAACCUAAGCAUGUUAUUAAAAAGUUUACCAAAAGUACAAUAACGUUGUGUGUGACUUUGAUCAUUCAAUAUAUUGAGUAAGGACUCAAACCUUACUUGUUUGAAGAAAAGGGCGUAGAUUAAAACAAUAGACAAUAAAGGAAAGCAAACUACAUAAAGUUCGAUACUGAAAGAAUAAGUGUAUGUUGAAGGAAAGAAGAGUAAAAGCUGUAUGAAGUAGAUUAAAAAUAUAGGCAAUAAUUUAUGAAAAAAGCUAUCUGAUAAAGGAUAAAUAAUAUCAUAUAAGCUUAGAUAGCAUUAAUGACAACUUCAGGAGCCGAUUGGGGAUGUUAGGGAAAACACAAAGCAGUUAAAACUGGCAAAUAAAGUAGAGGAGACUUGACAGAUAAGUGAAACAGGACUAAAGUAGUUGGAGAUAAGAAGAAGAGAUACUCCGAGUUGCGAUGUUCUAGGUACAUCCACAACAGUUCGUUCAACAUGCUGUGGAUCAAAACAAUACCUUCUACAAUCACAAAUUACUUCCCUUUCCCACAUUGCCGCUUUAUGAUGUAGUCCAUGCUCUGCAAAGAAAGGGAUGUUAGUAAAAUAUAAACACUAUAAAAUAUCGAUACAGUUACUUUCGUGAACCUGAGUGACAUCAGGGUUUCUAAUGUUGUUGCUGUUGUCUCCAGUGUGAUAAUAUCACUCCAAAGUGGUUGUCGUGGUGCAAUCGUUCUCCAACCGCAGGCCCAGACACGACAUGAAAAUGGAAACAAACAAAAACAAAACAAAACAAAAAGAUGCAUUAGUAUAAGAAAAUGAGAGAAACGAAAGAUCAUGCAAUCAAAAUAAAAUGGUGGAUAGUAAACAGAAGCAGAAUUAGAAAAUCAGUUAUACAUAAUAAAGAAAUAGAAGAUAGAUAGUAGCUGAAAGUGGAAAGAAGAGAAACCCCGUAUUGCGAUGUAUCAGGUACAUCCACAACAGUUAACUCAACAUGCUGUGAAUCAAAACAAUACCGUCUACAAUCUUCCCUUCCCACAUUGCGCAUCCCUUUCUUUUGGCCGUCUCUACUCUGACCCUCGCUGGUCAAAGGUUUACGAGUUCGUUUCCACAGGCCACCAGCAAGGUCACGUGUUGUCAUCAUGAUGACGAAACCAAGCCAACGUGGAGGUAAGAAAAUGGGUAACUUGCAAGGAACCAGAGCAGCUGUUUUGACCAAGGUCUAGGUCAGCUAACAGCACUACGGGUGUAGUUCCGCUCCUUCCAGGAUGUUCCUCACCGGG